UUUUUUUUUUUUUUUUUUUUUUUUUUUUUUUCAGAUGGACUGUUCGGUGAAUGUAGUAACAGCGAUUCAUCAGUUUUGGUGCUGUUUGAGCAGCCGGAAACGGAACAUGCUGAAGUCCUUCAGUCUGAAUUGGCGAAUCUAAAAUCUGCCGGUUAUGAAUGGCAUCAUGCACGCACACAAUGCCUACUAAACUAUUUCAAAGUUGUCGUUGUAUUGUCGUUACCGUUUAAACCCGGAUUCUGUGAUGAGCAAAAUCUUGACUAUGCACUACCGUUACUUCAGGAAAUUUUGUCUGACGGGGAACCAAAUUUGUCUUUGUUCAAUGAAGAUGUCAUUAUACCUGCACAAUACGACUAUAUUGACGAUAGACAACCACUGUUAAUUCGUGAACCAAUAGCACUAUUUGCAUCAAGAAAUGUUGCUGAAGACGAUUAUGAAAAUGCUGACGAACCAAAAAGUGGUGAUGUUUUAUUGAUCAAGAAGAAAAUACCGUUAUUCAAACAGCAAACUAAAGACAGUAAACCAACAGCGGAUCAAAAUGUGGAAAAUACAAAAAAAACCUUCAAAGAUAUGAUAAACAAUCGACAGCUGACGCUUCUUGGUGACUUAGAAGAAGCUGUUCCGCUGAGUCCUGUUGAAUACGAAUCUUUACCGCUGAAAAAAGAUCGCGAACAUGUUGAUGAAAGAUACACAGGGUUGGAUAAAGUUGAGCAUAAAAUUGUUAAAGGAGAUCAGGAACUUCGAGGUGUUGACAGAAAUCGAGUGUAUGUUAAAGUACCAGAAAAGAUUACACCAGGAAAAUUGCUGAAACUUAUGAAUUACCUCCAAAAUUCAAUUGCAGCUCCAAAUAAACUAAUUUUUGAUGAAUUCAUGUAUCAAGAAGGACAACUGUCUUUUCGUCCAAGUCGUAUGUUUAGUCUGAAACCAACUGCUGAAAAAGAUCUGAAUUCUGUUGAGGGUGUUGCUGAAGCUGUAUGUAAGUUGUACAUUUAA